CUGCAACUUCUGCACCAUUCUUGGGUGGAACCAAAACAACUAAUCCUAAAGCGAAGAUGUUGGCCACCAAAGCAUUAAAUGCUAACCGUGUAGAUGACGUGAAUCUCCUGGAGCCGCUGAAACUUCCUGGCGGGCCCGGUGCCUGGGAGAUGUCAGAGGUGCCCGAAUCGGAAACCAAUAUCGACGCUAUUAUUUAAGGCUCCACAAAACCCCACUUCUCCACGUGAGAGAGUCCCGUUAAAAAGUACUGCGCUGGUUGUAGUGCCUGGCGGAUUCUCGGGCUGUACUGAGGCAAGAAGUACUGGGGCGAGUAUUUUCUCGGGAUCUUUUCACGGGAUGGGUUAGGGGUAGCUCUAAACUAUGAAAGCGAGGUGGCAGAUCGAUAAGAGGCUACACGAAACUCGACAGUUUUGGCUGGGGGUCUUAGUUUGUUAA